CACUCCAGUAGACCACAUUGUGAAGUGACUACCGAUUGUUUUACGAGUAGUUUAAAAUUACAAAAUACAAUCAUUAUCAAAAAUUUAAGCGAUUUUAAUUUAAUUUCGCAAGCUAAACUUAAUUACAUAUUCGUUUUUUGCGCGAUACGUCGUUCAGUUUACCAAUUUACUCAAAGUAUCGUUGGUAUAGUUGUGUGAUUAUUAGGCGCCAUUUUAUUAUGCUGAAAAUGAUAAUCAUGUGGAAAUCUAAUUGUAUUUAAGUUUUCGCAACUUACAUCACCCUUUUUCAAUUCGUUUGUAUCACAUUGGGGUUCGAUCAAGUCAAAUAUUUCACUAGCAAGAUGGAAAAUCAAUACUGUGUUGGUAUAGGUAACAGGUAUGCCUUAUUCCUCGAAGAAGGAGAGAAUUCCCUAACUGCUAUCAAGAAGAAGAUAAAUAAAGAAACCAGAAUAAAGGAUAAGCAGAAUAAGAAAGAAAACGCCGACGUUGAAAAAACCGAACCAGUUAAAACUGCUGCGGAGAAACCCAAGAAACCAGCCGAGAGUAAGCCUGCAACCAACGAAGUCACACCUAAAAAAGAAGUCAAAGAGAAGAAAAGCGAACCUGCCAAAGGAAAAGAGAAGAAACCGAACGAUAACGCCAAAAGAAAAGAAAAAGAGCCACAAGAUAAGAGCCGUAAUGACAAAUCGAACGAAAGCUUCCCGCAGGAGAACAACGUUAAAGAAAAAGAUAGCAAUAAACCCAACGAAUCGAGCGGUAAUGCUCGUAAAAAUAAUUACGAUAAUCGCAAACCUCCCCGUGAUAGGAAAUACGAUAACAAUGAUCAAUUUCAAUCCAAAUCGUCACCUCCGUCGAAUAAGAAGUUCAACAAAGACGAAUGGAACGAUAAGGACGCGAAUACCGAUAACACAGCUGAACGUUACCAAAACGAUGAUAAUCGAAAUAUUAGAGAGAAUGGCCAUGGGCCUUACAGUGAUUCAAAACCACGUGGUGGUGGUCGCUUCAAUAAAGGAAAUCGAGGCGGCAGAAAUACCUACGGUGGAGGCGACCGUAGAAAAGAAUACGACAAUUCGUUCGAAAACAAAGAAGAAUUCGAUACCAAUAAAAAUGAAUCCAAUGGAGAAGAAAAGGCUGAAGACGAAUCUGGAAAUACGGAUAUUCAAAAAGACGACGAGAACAAAGUUGCCGAUGGCGAAGGCAACGAAACAAACGAACAAAAAGAAGAAGUCAAGGAAUUCUUGACGUUGGACGAGUGGAAAAAACUGAAGGGAACUCGACAAAAACCCCAGUAUAAUUUACGCAAAGCCGGCGAAGGAGAAGAUUUAACUCAGUGGAAAAACAUGCGAGAAUUACAGAAGAAGAAAGACGAGCAAUUUUUGAAAAACGGUGGCAACGGUGCGAACAGCGUAUCUGGCAACGAAGCUGAAGAGUCCCAGGAAGCGGGCGGUGAACCUGUCCAACGAGUCGCUCGUCAGAAGCAUAUUGAUAUCAAUGUCCAUUUCCGUGAUGCGCCAGUACGUGGACGUGGUGGCAGAGUCAUUCGUAGCAAUCGUUUCGGAUACAAAGGAACUGGUGGUGGUAAUUUCGACCACAACGAAAAUUUCGGAGGAGCAGAACAUCGCGAUCGUCCUUCUUACCGGAGAAAUCAUCGCGACGGCCCUCGCGACGGUCAUCGUGAUGGUCAUCGUGACGGCCAUCGUGACGGCCCGCCUAGAGGAAAUCGUCAACAUGCGCCUAAAAUGGAUGACGAGAAAACCUUCCCAUCUCUAGGAUAAAAAGUAAUUCUUCAACUGUCGCCGAUUACAUUUCUCUAGUUUCUACCAGCACUACCCCUGGCGCUAGUCUUGAACGUUCCUCAAAAAUGUAUAUAAAUUAUAUAUACGCAGUGCGGAUUACUUUUGAGUAGUGUUUACACAUCAUCUGAACGAGUUAUUCGUAAUUUAUAUAAAUUUCUCUUUUCAAAAACUGAAAAAAAAAACUAUAAAAAAAUUAAAGCCAAAAAGUACAGUGUCUAUUUUUACCUUUUACUAGUGGUAGUGCAUUCAUUAUACGCAUAAUAUGGUCGACAUUUCAAAUUCGAACGGUGUUGCUCUUGUUUUGUCUAAAAUAAUUUCAGUUUUGUACGCGUCUUAAUAUUUAUAAGUUGAAGAAUUGUUUUAACAAAUAAUUUUGUUUGUUUAUCUGACUAAAAAAAAAAAAAAAACAAAGUUCAUUUUAUAUAAUGAAAGAAAAACAAAAAAACGAGUUACAAAAUCUUAAUAUUGUUAGGUUUUCGAGUUUACAACCUCUUAUUUUUUUUUUCUCCUCCCUUUCUUAAAUUCUGUUCAAAUUUAAGAAUUUGUUAUUUAAAUUGUAUUUAAUAAUCAUUAAGUCAGAUUACCAGGUAUAAUAAGUUAAAAAUGUAAGUUAUUUGUAAAAAAAAAAUUUUUUCGGGGUAAUUGACUAUGAUGUGCAAAAAUGAAGGAAACUGUUGUUCGAUUAUUUAUUACAUAGGUAGUUAUUGUAUGUAAAUUUAAACCUUACGUAGGCUAAUUUGUUGAUUAGUCGUGUAAAUCACUGAGUGCAUUUUUCUCAUUAGUUCUACAUUAUAUACGACGAGGUAAACUACCUCUUUAUUUGUUUUUACUUGACGAACGAGUUGUUUUUUUAAACUUACGAUAGUCGAGACAAUUUUAUUUCGAUUUUGUAACCGAACUUUUUAAUAAAUUAUAACUGUAAAAAAAAAAGUAAUCUUUUUUGAAAAAAAUGUGUGCUCAGUUGAUAAUCCCUAACUUUAUUAUAUUUACGACGACAUCAAAAAAAAAAGACAAAUUUUUUUUUAAAUCUCGGUCGAGCUCCAUAUUUGGCAAAAUGAAACUUGCAAAAAUGUGUAAACCGUAAUACGAAUGAAUUGGUGUGUUCAAUGUUCAUUACUUUUGUGAAGCAAUCGUCUCGUCUGAUUUAUUUGUAUUAUGAACGAGUUAAUUAAUGUUUACAGUUAGCUGUGAUUUUUUGACGAUGGUUGCUCGACUGGUUUUAUUGCUCUUUGAAAUUUAGGUAAAUUAUCAUUUUAGCUACGCUAUUAAUUUACCUAUAAUAAUAUCCUGUUCCUAUGUGUUGUAAAAGUUGUAUAGCAAUGGCUGGAUAUUUUUUGCUAUAUCGCAUUGUAAUUUAUUUUUCUUGUAAUGGAAAAUCAGCGUUAAACAUAUGCUGCAAAUUUUAAAACCCUAAUUAUAAAUUUGUUCGAUUAA